GGAGUUCAGCUCGUUUCACCGUUCACCGACGCCUCGUGACGCUUAAACACAGACAGCGCGCGGCGAACGCGAGGAAGCUCUCGCGCUCUCUCACGCGCUAAAGAGCGAAUGCAUACUGAUGAAUUUGAAUCUACAGUGUCAGAUCGGACCUGAACGUUUUAAUCGAUGUUGGAGUUUUAUUUCUGGAUAUAAGCCGAAUCCUCCUCCUCCUCCUCAGCUGAACGAAAAGACCUCAUCAAAGAGGCAAAUUAUGCCAGCAGUACCAGAGUCGCUGUCUCUGGUGACGUGCCAGCCUGUUGGUGAGACCCUUCGCUCAAGCGCCCACCUCUGUGCCAUCUCCCCUGGCAGGCCCAUGCUGGUGGACGCCCCACUCAGGCCCACGCCCGCACCAUGAGCGCCAACGGCCCUGCUCCGACUGCUGCGACUCCUGCCGCACCCCCCGCAGCCUCCGUGCCUGUAUCGUCAGUGGUACCGGUCGGCUCGCUGGCCCAGAAGAAGCGGCAGCAGUAUGCCAAGAGCAAAAAACAGGGCAGUUCGGCCAACACGCGGCCGCAGAGAGCUCUCUUCUGCCUCAACCUCAACAACCCCAUCCGCCGGGCCUGUAUCAGCCUCGUGGAAUGGAAGCCAUUUGAUAUCUUUAUAUUGAUAGCGAUUUUUGCCAACUGCAUGGCCUUAGCUGUAUACAUCCCCUUUCCCGAGGAUGAUUCCAACUCAACCAACCACGACCUGGAAACAGUCGAAUAUGCCUUCCUUAUCAUUUUCACUAUCGAAACCUUCCUGAAGAUCAUAGCGUACGGCUUGGUGAUGCAUCAGAACGCAUAUGUCCGAAACGGAUGGAACAUGCUGGAUUUCGUCAUUGUCGUCAUAGGAUUGUUUAGUGUUGUCUUGGAAAUUUUGACCAAAGAAGGGGAGAAGGAUACUGCUGGAAGCCUCCCGCCUGUUCACGGCCAUGGAGGGAAACCAGGAGGUUUCGAUGUCAAAGCCCUCAGAGCCUUUCGAGUGCUGCGACCUCUUCGCCUGGUCUCAGGAGUGCCCAGUUUACAGGUGGUGCUGAACUCCAUCAUUAAAGCCAUGGUUCCUCUCCUCCACAUCGCCCUGCUGGUUCUGUUCGUUAUCAUCAUCUACGCCAUCAUCGGUUUGGAGCUUUUCAUUGGAAAAAUGCACGCUACCUGUUACUUUCAAGGGACAGAAAUAAUAGCAGAGGAUGAACCCGCGCCGUGUGCUGUUAACGGUCAUGGCCGCACAUGCCCCAUUAACGGCACCGUGUGUAAGGAGGGCUGGCACGGCCCCAACGGAGGCAUCACGAACUUCGACAACUUCAUGUUUGCCAUGCUCACUGUGUUUCAGUGCAUUACCAUGGAGGGCUGGACGGAUGUGCUCUACUGGAUGAAUGAUGCUAUGGGGUUGGAGCUGCCCUGGGUGUACUUUGUGAGCUUGGUCAUCUUCGGCUCUUUCUUCGUCUUGAACCUGGUUCUGGGUGUGUUGAGCGGAGAGUUCUCUAAAGAGCGAGAGAAGGCGAAGGCUCGUGGAGAUUUCCAAAAGCUACGGGAGAAACAGCAGCUGGAAGAAGAUCUGAAAGGUUAUCUGGACUGGAUCACGCAAGCCGAAGACAUCGACCCUGAGAAUGAGGAGGAAGAUGAGGAAAGCAAACGCAACCGGGUUACAUUGGCCAGCCUGAUGGAGAAGAAGAAGAAAGGGUUUAACUGGUUCAGCCAGUCCUCUGACACUCAUGCAAGCAUGCCGGCGAGUGAGACAGAAUCCAUGAAUACAGAAAAUGAGAAAGGAGAAGAGAAGGCAACAUGUUGCGGCCCAACAUGUCAAAAAAUUUCAAAAUCAAAGUUCAG